GCGUGACACGUUUAACCAAAGUUCCGCGCGGGCGACGAAAGUGCUGAUCCCAAACCGGCGAGAUUUUCCCGCUACGGCUCUGAUGACGUGCGCUCGUGUGGACAACAAACAGUAGUUUGACUAAGGCAGCGAAAGAGAGAAAUUCAGGUUUUGUACGCCUCACAGGUAUCCUUCGCGGUGCGGACUGUAAUAUGCGACGAAUUUCGUUUAUAUCCACUCACCUUUAAAAAUAAAUCUGUUUUAAUUGGGGGGAGCCAUUUACGCCUGAGUGUUUAAAGCCAUUUGUAAGGAAUACUCUUGUCAGCCUCUAGCUUUUAGCAGGAUAGGAAACGAUGCCGUGAUGCCAAUGACGCCUGCGUUUUUCCCUGCCUAGCCGAAAGAUGCGACGCGACGCGUUUUAACGGAUUGGCGGAGAAGGGGGGGACGUAUACCUUUUGAAUCGCCUCUUGCUCUGUAGACAGAAUGUGGGUACCGACCAAAAGAGCCCGUUUAGCCCGUAAAACGAGGAUGAAUGGCCUAACUGGGUAGGUGUCAUGUAAGCGGCGAUUCGUGCCACCCGUCGCUCAUCACCACAUUUUGCGGAGAAGGACACGAAUUAGAAAUAAUCGGAUUUCGCUCAUAUAAGUUAAAAUAAGUGGAAGAUGAGGGGAAGCAGAGUAUGAAGAACCGGGCACUGACUUUUUUAGGAGGACCCUGGGGGAAAGCGAAUUACUUGCCGGGCGACGAACUGUCUCGCUAAUAGCUUCGAGAGACAGAAAGCACGUACAAAAAACAACAUGAUACCUGCCUGAGGCCGUCCCUCUGCACAUCGACUGUGAUUAAUUGUUCAGUAUAGUUUUAUUUUAACCGAUUGGUCACGCAGGUAAAUCAAAUCCAUUUAUUAACGUUAACAAAAAUUACUUGGCCGGUCGGGUUGAACGUUUGCUCGGACAGCCUCGCCUUUCGCCGACUGGCAGCCGAAUCGCGAUUUGACAGUAAAUUUUCCCCCGGUGUUUAGGUCUCCCUCUCAUGUAUAUUGAGAUUUAUACGCUUAAAGAUAUUUUGCAAGCCAUGGUUGGCGUAGUAACGACCGCCAGUGAGGUCUGUCUUCGGUUAUAGAGUCAUAUAUAUGUGAAACUGGCCUGGCGAUUGCUAUGUAAAUUUGCAACGGUACCCUUGAAGACCAGUGUUUACAAAAGUUUCCAACGAGUCGUUGAUAUCCGCAUACUAGCAAAGCACACAAAUAAUUUUAAAUGCAUCUGCGUGUAAACGGGGUUUAUUAUAUUUGGAUUGUCAGCCACAUUUAUCGGGACUUCCAUUGAAAGAAAGUGUAAAGCUACGUCCACUUUCCUCAGAUAUUGACACUUAGAUUCGUUAGUUUGAAUAGGAAUAUAUAGUAACUACCGAAGUGGAAGACGAGGCAGGAACACCCUUGUCUGCUCUUUUUGAGCUAGAAAUGAUGAACAGCCAAGAAGUCCUAGAUUUUUGCAGUGCCAGAUCAAAUGACAUGAACACAGAUGCCACAAACUGCAUGGAAGAUAUUAUAACCUGGAAGGACAUUCAAGUCAUGGAAGGAGAAGUGUCAAAACAAGGAAUUGGGACCGUGGCUGUGGACAGCGCUGGGCCAUGUGGGUUGAAUGACAGUCACCUUGGUUGUGAGAAAGACCAAAGGACAGAAGAGGUAAACGGGAAUGGGAAAAGUACCAUUCCGAGUGUGUCUUACGUCUCCUACUUGGAUAUCUCCUCUGAUCCAUGCCAAGAAGCUAGCAGAUGUGAUUCUAUAGUAGAUGAUCCAAAUGCUGAUUUUGGAGAUAUGGAUAUUGGUGUGGAUUUAACUCUUAAUGAAAGCGGCGUGCUGGAGCCAGAGUCUCCAUCCCAGGAUGGUGAGUUGGUGGUUCAGGAAGGUAUCCAGGAUGUAUCCGUUCUAGCUGCUAAGCCUGUGGAUAUGUGCACUGCUGCAAAAGAACCCAGGAGGGCCCAGGAUAAAGAAGGAGGUCAUUUGCCUUCUGAACCCCUUGUAGUAGAGACAAGCCCUGCACUCUCAACUGCAGAAGACAAUGAGAGACACAAGCAUGGGGGCAAAAGGGUGACUUUCCCUUCUGAUGAAGACAUCGUUUCUGGAGCCGUAGAGCCAAAAGACCCUUGGAGACAUGCCCAGAACGUGACGGUGGAUGAGAUCAUCUCCGCCUAUAGGCAGGCCUGUCAGAAGCUGAACUGUAAGCCCAUCCCUACGGUGCUCAAACAGAUACAGGAGCUCAAAGAUUUGACUCAGAGGAAUGACUGCUUGGACCUCAAAGGUGAGAAACUGGACUACAAGGCUUGUGAGUCCCUGGAGGAGAUUUUCAAGAGGGUGCAGUUCAAGCUAGUGGUCCUGCAGCAGACCAACCUGGAUGAAGAUGGCGCUUCGGCUCUCUUUGACAUGAUCGAAUACUACGAGUCGGCCACCCACCUCAACAUUUCCUCCAACAAGCACAUCGGCACGCGGGGCUGGCAGGCCGCUGCUCACAUGAUGAGAAAGACGAGUUCCCUGCAGUACCUGGAUGCCCGCGACAUGCCGCUGCUGGACCACUCAGCACCAUUUGUGGCCCGGGCCCUGCGCAUCAGCGGCAGCCUGGCGAUUUUGCACCUGGAGAAUGCCGGCCUGUCCGGGCGGCCUCUCAUGCUGCUGGCCACGGCCCUGAAGAUGAACAUGAACCUCCGUGAGCUUUACCUGGCAGACAACAAGCUCAGUGGCCUGCAGGACUCCGCUCAGCUAGGCAACCUGCUCAAGUUCAACUGCAACAUCCAAGUGCUAGACCUGCGCAAUAACAACAUAACGGACUCCGGUCUGGCAUACUUGUGCGAUGGUCUUAAGGAACAGAGGAAGGGCCUGGUCACACUGGUGCUGUGGAACAACCAGCUGACGCACAAUGGCAUGGGCUACCUGGCUGCCGCCCUGCCCUGCACACAGAGCCUGGAGACCCUCAACCUCAACUACAACUCGGUGGGCAACGAGGGCAUCCACAAGCUGAAGGAUGGGCUGAUCGGCAACCGCUCCGUGCUGUGCCUGUGCCUGGUUUCCACCAAGCUGUCCUGCGAGGGUGCUGUGGCACUGGCCGAGUUCAUCGCAGAGAGUCCCCGGCUCCUGCGGCUGGAUCUGCGGCAGAAUGAGAUCAAGACGGGAGGACUGAUGGCGCUAUCCCUGGCUCUCAAGGUCAACACCUCCCUGCUGCGUCUCGACCUGGACAGCGAGCCCAAGAAGGAAACUGUGAAGAGUUUCAUUGAGACCCAGCGCAGCCUACUGGCUGAGAUCCAGAAAGGCUGCAAUCAUAACUUCUUCCUGGCCAAAGAGAAGAAGGAGAGUGAGCAGCAGAUGCUGCUCUCGGCCUCCAUGCCGGAGAUCACAUCCACAGAGGAUGAGCCAGGGGAGGAUGGGCCGCCCUGUCCGGGGCCAUCGGAGCAGCAGGAAGGUGUUUUUGAGGAGGACGAGCCCGAGGGAGUUGUGGGGGAUGAGGAGAUGGGUGUGGCCUCUGAGAGUGAGGGGGGGCUGAGCGAGGGAGGAGAGAAAGGCGUGGGCUUUGGGGACUCUGACUCGGAUACGGACGACGAAGACACCGGGCCGGGCGUUGAAGCCCAGGCUACACAGAGGACUGCUGCCUCCUCAACCCUGGGAGAAACCCCACCCAUCCCCGUGCCUCCACCCCCACCCACCUCCACCCCUGUAGAGAGCAUCACCGUCACGGAAUCCCCCAUGGCAUCGCCGGGGGCUCCUCCAUCACCCCGUCGUUGCUUCUCGGUGUCGAGCCCGGGGAGGGGGCACAAGAUUUUCAUGGUGACCCGUGUAGAGAGCCCCCCCGAACAGCAGCAGCACCAGCUACAGGUGGGGGUACCGCCUACGCAGCCUCCGCCCGAAGGGAAAGCUGAGGAGCAGCCACCUGUGAUGCCAGGGCAAGACUCAGAGCCACAGUGUGCUCAGGCGGGCAGUGCAAGGCCGCCCCUGACACUAACCCAGGAGCCCACUCCGGAUGUCCCAGGAGCGUGGCAAGAGGAGGCGCGGGCACACGGGCGCCACCUGCUGGGCAAUUGUGGCUCAGCAGCCGACAUAUGUUCCAAAGGUGAAGCAGCAGGAGCUGCUCUGCCCAAUGGCCUCCGAGCCGAGUUUGCCCUGUGCCUGCCGGAGCCUGAGGUGCCCAAAGCAGGCAGCUGUGUGGCAGAACAUGUGCGAUCCAGCGCCGGUCUGAGCUGUGGGCAGGACUUGGAGGAGCUGUUGCGCGAGGCUAGCCUGGAGAUGGGCAGGGAGGCACCAUGAUGCCCCGCUGGGCAUGGAGUCUGCAGCUGCAGGGAAUGACCAGCAAAGUGCUGCUUUUGGAAGCCUUUGCACACCCACAGCUCUUGAUUACUGCUUUCUGGGUCUCACUUCAGGACCUUAACUAAAACUGAUUAACUGAAGGAUUUCUUGUUUAAGUGAGGCCAUUAUUUAGGCAAAGCUUCUUGCAUCAGCCUGGCAUUUUGCUGAAGUUGUCGAUCUCGUCUUUUUCCUGCCUAUUAGGCAAGUUGCUGUACGCAUCCUCAUUCCGUCUUCUCUGUUCUUUCCCUAGGGGGGGGGGGGUCCUUCACAGUUGAGGAAUUAAAAAGUUGUCCUCACAGCUUUGCUCGCUCAAGUUGUGCCUCCUUUUCCUCUUCCUCUGUUUCCCCCAGAAGCCCCGACACGUUCAACUCUAAAGACUGAAAGUUAAAAAAAUUAAUAAUGACAAGAAAUAGUUAAAAAAGAAAACGCAACAAAAGUCAAGCCACAAGAAAAAUAAACGAUGAAGAAAUGUUGCGAACACACAGCACCUUGAUCUAUCACUACAGCCCACUUGUCCGUAAAAGGCGAUUUGGACGCUAUGAGGUUAGGAGCAACGCGGCGGAUUGCCCAGGAGUCCGGCCGCUGUAACCAAAGAUCCACAGAAAGCACGCAAGCGUGGGUCCUUUGCCUUCCUGCAUGGGGCUCUCGGCUCUUGUUCGGGACACACACAGUGGAUUCCCCUGCUUCCCCUUUAGUGAAUUCCUGGUGAUGUUGCUCUGCUGCAGGCAGAGGCCUGGCAUGGGAAAUGCAAAUGCCGUGGCUAAAAGCCAUUCCUGAUUUAUUAUCGGUAUUUCGAGUCAUUCCUAAAUUGUGGAAUGACUGCCCCUUCCCCAGCUAUGCCUAGAUUUUACAGAGUGGCCAUGAUCUUUUACAGGCAAAAUCAAAAUGUCUAGGAUGCUCUCGGAAGAAGUGCCGACUAUCUGCAGGAUGUUCUGAAUGCCAGGUCCAGAUGCCUGCAUAAAGCAAGAAAUUGCCACCAACAAAGAAGGAACUCCCCUGCCCCCCUCCCCUCCCAAGCAUAACCUAUUAUAGAAUGUUUUUUGUUUUGUUCAGAUGGUCAACCUGAAACAGAGUAACCACAGAACAGGUGGUAGGCCAGUGGUGUCUUUAAGGACGCGGUGGUGACCAGCUGCUCUCUGCGACUCUUUCCGCCCCCCAGUCUUCCAUCACCAGGCCGCCUCUUGCCAUUGCCAGCACGCUGACGGCUUGUGAUGAGAGGGACAAAGCCGCUUGCGGACGUGCCUGUCUUUCUUCAUUUUUGCUGCUUAAGGAAUCACAGUUGUUUGUAAUUAUUUUUUAGCUUUAUGAGACUGUGUGAUUGUUUCCUCUCUACUUUUAUUAGAAAUUAUUCCUCUCGGUUUUAAUUUUCUUUUCUCGUUGUAUAUCUUUUUUUUCGGAAGAGAAUGCCUUUUUUUUUUUUUGGAUUCCCUCUCCCCCGUAAAGGGUUGUGAAUUGGGAAGGGUGGGUGACUUGAUUUGGUGGGGGUCGUCUGCCUGGAAAUGCGGAGAUUAUAAAUUGGAGGUUUUGGUGGGUGGGUGGUUUGGUUAGUCGCACGUGUUCAUGUGAUCACAUGAUCGGUCACAUGACAGUAGCAAAGGGGACAUGGCAGAAUGUCGACAGCGUCCACCGAUUGACACUACAUUUUGUGCUGUGGACUGCCUACAGUGGUGGGUUUUGUUCUGUCUUUGAGGAGGCCAGCACAUUUCAGGGAUGAAAGAGAAAGACGAUACAGGCUGGAUUUCAUUCGACUGUCCCUUGCAUGACACGUGUAUUCGUGCCGUGCAGUAAGUCGUCGGCUGCUGUCAGCAGAAGCUGAGGGCACCAUCUGCACUAAGUUUGUGUUCGAAAAGACAGGUAGGAGUCCAGUCUCAUCUAUCGUCCUUUCGCUCUGGUAGCCGGGCAGUGUAACUAACGUGUUUUGAGACAAGAUGACUAUCCUGGCAGCACACGGUACCCCACGAUGCCUUAAGUCUGUGAUUGAAAUUUUGGCAGAGCUCUCCAAGAGGUCAUAAGGUCAUCAUGUGCUGACAAUUGUCUGAUCUGAUCAACAGCACUGUGUUGGCCCACUGUCUGUGAGAUGUUUUGGAUGUCUUUUUUUUUUUUUCUUUUUUAAUGUUAAAUUAAUCAAAUGUAUUGGUAAUCGCAAAUAUAUGUAUGGCAGACUGUCUCCAAUAAAUGCUUGUAAAGAGAAUAAAGGAAACAAAUCGGGUAUGUUUCAAGUAACUCUCUGCAUCGUCCUUACAGGCGUGUGUGUGCGCGACAUUCAUGGGUGCUGUGAGCUGACCUGCCAGCUGCAGACUUUGCUGGUCUCCCGGCAGCAGUGGGCCACUGCGGUAUCAUAACUCACCACUGCGAAGCAGAUGGCGUCUGUGUCAGCUGAUCAGCACUGAUCACAUCAUUUUGCUGCGUUAGGUUGAGUUCAUGGAAAAGUCGGUGAGGCCCCUUCCACUGUAACCGACACUGGACGAUUGUGGCGACUGAUCUCAUGAGGAUGUAGGAUUUUUGGGAAAAAUGGCAACUCUGACAAUCAGUUACUGUAGCCUGGAGGUACAGGCCUUACAAGAUGUGGCAUUAUUAACUUGCAUAUGGCCCAGUUGAGACAAGGACUGUCCAUUAGAGGGCAGCAGGAGUUUGAACCUCCCAUAACAUUUUUCCCUGUUUCUUUACACUGUUCAUCUGCUAAUGAGUCUAUGGAUCAUCUGGUUGCCAUGGCAAAACCUCCCCACUUAGUUGGGCUUUUCUGUUGUUGCUGCACAUGGACUUUGACGUCACAAAUUACUACAUAUGCUUGGCAACCAAAGAAAAACAACAUCCUAGUAAUAGUUUUAUAUGCACCUCUGGGGUUGACUGUACGUUUCAUUCUGCAUUUCUAGCAGAAAAUUUAGGAGACAGGAGCUCGAACUACGGGACAGCUUAAAAAAAAAUUAAUUUCAUUCUCUAUUGCUGGCACAUGUCCUGUGCUUUCCAGUGGUUUCCUGUGUUCCUGAACUAAAGGGUUCAUGUCACUAGCCUGUCGGGCAAUUUCAGAUGCAGAACUGGCACCGGAAGAAUUCCAGGGUCAAAGGCAGGCAUGAAUCUAUAAAUUGUACUGAAGCCCAUUUCCACAAGAGGGCACCGUUGUGGCCCACAUAUUUAACAGACUUGGCACUUUCUGAAAACCUGUCAGGUGCUGUUCUGAGCUGGAGUGGAAAUGAGAUAAAAGUAAGAUCUAAGUGCUGAUUGCCGGAAAAGAAAGUUGGAAAGCACACAAAGCAUCCAUUGUCUCUACUACAAUAAAGUUGCACUAAAGCAGUCAGUACAGUGAAGGGAAAUCUGCAGUAUGGAAUCUGACCGUAAGGCAAUAAUGUCAGGAAGGCGUGGGUUACCUGUUUGAUACGUGAAUGAGUGGGCUUUAUGAUUAGAGAAGUGUCACAGUCCUGGUAUGAAUGGUGUCAUUUUGGCACAGCUUCUGUUCUGACGAGCAUGGACAGAGAAGUAAUGCGGCGAGUUGAACUCUGGCUUCCUGCCCUUCUGUCUCAUCUUAUUGCUACAUGUAAUCCAGUUCAACGUGUCAAGCUGGCCUGGCUUUGACCUGACGUAUGGUGCAUAUCCUGCUGUACCUGUGCAUAUGCUCCAAGACAGUCAUGGGAACCCGAACAGAUGUCCAAGGGUGUUUCUGGAAAUUGGAUUACGACUUGUGGUUUUCUUUCCCCGCCGAAAUGGUUUAUCCUGGCACCCAUCCAGCGAAUGUCCCGUAACACAGCUGUGUUGGUAGCAGUCAACUGAACGGAUGCAAGACAACGAAGAAUCUGAUUUGGCACAUCUAUCAUGGACAACAAUAUAGCCAUUUGUGACCUUUGCCUCACUUCCUACCCCGUAUCUGCAGGAACUUCAUAUAAAGAGCAAUGGAUUCCGUCCAUGAAAUUGAACUUUGAACUUGUGACUAUGCAAGUCUAUUCCAGAUGGGAAACCAGUUAAAAAAAAAAUCUGUGGGAUUUAAUUUGAAGUUUAAAUGCAUGGAAAAUGUAACAUGAUGGCAAAUUUUUAGAAGAAACUGGCAUUUCAGAGAUGUGCAUUUCUAUUUACAUUAGGUCAAUUGUUCCUGGAAGUCUUUUCAUUUGAUUUUAUGGCAGUGAUUUUUGCUGAUGUUUGUUGUAGCCAGCCUUUGUCUGACUUGUAAUUACGCGGGAAUCGAUUUGUUCGUAUCUGAUUGUGGGAACUGGUUAACUUUCCACCAGAAGGCGCCAUUAAAACUGAUGUCUGAGUGUCUUAGAAGGUGCCUUUCUAAGUCUGUCAUGCGUGUGAAAGUCGAGCACUACUGCCUUCCAUAUGUCUAAUCCAAUGUUCAUUCUGUGUCUCUUAUUUAUGAUUUUUGUCUUUUGGGUGACAAUACUCUGCCUUGUUUUCUUUGAGGUAAUUCAACUGUGGGAAUGACGACAGAGUUUUAGAAGCCACCUAGAGAGACGUUUUAAUAUAUUUCACUGUUUAUUAGGAAACUGGCUUUACCCAGGUUGGUGUCAGUUUCUUGACAUAUAUAUAUAAAAUACGAUUUAAGAGGUGUGUGUACUGCAUUUAUGGGUUUACUGUAUAAUCUUGGUUUAAAUAAAGGGUUUCCUAAUUUC